AACAGUGAAAAAUUCUUCCGUCUCAAACAUGUAUUUUAGGAAUCACUUGGUUGUUCAGCUGCUCAUGUUCAGCGUCAAGGAGGGCCCGUUCUACGAGCCCUACUACCAGUGCGUCACCUACGACGUGUCCACCGAGUCGGAGCGCCUCUACAACAUCAUCAACUUCAUCACCAUGUUCGUGAUCCCGCUGCUGGGGCUCGUCGCCUCGUACCUGUCUAUCUACUGCACUCUGUCCAGAGGACAACGGGAGAUCCGGAGCGUCGACAAGAUGACCAUCGCCACGUACGACCAGAACCGGCAACGCAGCAUGAAGCGGGCCAUGAAGAAGUCGCGCUGGAUCGCCGUGGUGAUCGUGUGCGCCUACCUCGUGUCCUGGCUGCCCUACUACAUCACCAUGCUCGUGUACUUUCUCUCACCCGACCAGGAGCAGUGGUAUGACUCCAAGUGGAUGGACUGGAUCUUCUUCUUCGGCAUGGGAAACAGCGUCGUGAACCCGGCAAUAUACGGCAUGUUUCAACUCUGGAAGCCCAAGAGAAGACGACAAUGGUCCUGCUUCAGGCACAGGGACGGCUCCACGCAGGUGUCCCAGUUCGUGACGCAGGACAGCUUCCGGCGGCACGGCACGGCGGCGUUCAUCGCCACCACGGCGUCCCUGACGACGCCGCGCGUCUGCGGCGACGUGGUCCUCGAGGUCCCCGUCGUGGUGCGGACGGCCGGCAAGGCGGGCCCCUUCGGCUGGAGGGCCAAGUUCCUCCGCAAGUACAGGGCUCUCCGGGCGCACUCUCAGGCCCACAUUUGAGCGGGCGGUUGCUGGAUCCACUGCAAGGAAAAGCCACAACAAAAGUACACGAAUUUCUAGCAAAUUUUUUAUCAGGAAUCUAUUGUACUCUCGAAGUACAACAAUACAAUGGAACCGGCAUGACGAGUGCUGGGCAAUCCAGGCCUCGUUGUGGUUUGUACAUUUCUCGUUGUACUUUAUACAGUCCCUAUUGUACUUUUAUUGUACAGUUUUCGUUGUACUUUUGUUGUACUACACUGGCCGUCAAAAUUUAAGCCCCACUUUUUCCUUCUCCUAUAACUAUUGCUGGAAUUGAGCUAGAAACUUGAAAUUUUGAGGAGAGAUGGGCCAAGGUGUUGGGUUAACGUCCCCAAACUCAGGUCUAAAAAUCCGCUCUGUUGACAGCGGAUCCGGUUUGGUUGGAGUGGAUCCACUGCGGCCGUAGUGGAUCCUCUAAGUGCUUAGUGGAUCCUCUAUGGGGUCACAGCGGAUCCGCUUGGGCCACACCGGAUCCUCUACGAUCCGCAGAGGAGAGGAUCCGGUGAGUACAGGAUCCAUUAAGCCAUACCGGAUCCCUUAGAGCAAUACCGGAUUCACUGAGCGCUUACCGGAUCCACUAACCUAAGCGGAUCCACUGUGAGUUUUCCGAAAUGAAGUGGCUAUAAACUCCAAAGUUUUAGGAAUUUUGACCCCAAAAUUUAUACAGGGUAUAUUAAAGAGAAUUCACUAGGGCCAUUUUAAUUUCUUUGCAAUCGAACAACUUGAUAUCGCUAUCUUGUAAACCGCUGAUGAUAGCGAGAAACGGAUUGCACAUUUGGAUCGGACUCGGUUUCAUUAUGCAGGAGUUCACUUUUCAAAAUUCAAAUCCCUUUGGUAGUUUUCCAAAUAAAGAUUUCAUGUUUGCUCAGAGGAUCCACUAAGAUCAUAAAAGAUCCGCUUAGGCCAUCCGCUGUGGUGACCGCAUCCGCUUUGGUGACACCGGAUCCGCUGUGGUAACAACCGGAUCCGCUGUAAUGACAGUGGAUCCGCUACUUACGGGUAGAAUUCGCGUCCGCUUAGAACGGGAUCCGCUACCACUCACCGGAUCCGCUUCGAUACCGGAUCCUGUAUAAAAGCGGAUCCGGUGUGCGGUAGCGGAUCCCGUUCUAAGCGGACGCGAAUUCUACCCCUAAGUAGCGGAUUUUUAGACCUGGGAAGUUGCAUCAACGAAACCCACCCCUUUGCGUCU